UGUUUUUGUUGUUGUUGCUUUUUCAAAAUGGCGUUUUGGAGAAGCUACUCGUCUCUCAAGAGUUUAACACGACAUACACUUAACUACAAGACAAUUAUUUACACUGCAGCAGCACUAUCCAUUUCUCCUUUUUCUGUUUGUGCGAAAAACUCGUGUUCAAGCGAAAAAGGUUGCAACAACGAAGUCAAGAAUGCAAUUUUAGCCGACGAAGCAAGAAAGGCGAAUCCAGGACAACAAGUAUUUGAAACUGUUUUCGCCAAAAUCCUUAGGAAAGAAAUAAAGGCUGACAUAGUUUACGAAGACGAUAAGUGUAUUGCAUUUCAUGACAUCAACCCUGUCGCUCCAAAACAUUUGCUGGUAAUCCCAAGAAAGCCGAUACCACAGUUAUCAAAGAGCGAUGAUGAUGAUGUGCCACUACUUGGCCACUUGCUUUGGGUUGCAAAGAAGGUCGCCAUUGACCAAGGACUUGGCAAAACAGGAUAUCGAUUGGUGAUCAAUGAUGGUCGAGAUGGCGCCCAAGCUGUAUUCCAUCUUCACAUCCACAUACUUGGUGGGAGACUGAUGAACUGGCCUCCUGGUUGACGCUGGACUCCAGGAAAGUGAAUUCAAACCAGUUGCUUCUUUUGUAGAUCAUAGUAUUCAACGCAGGAAAAACGCAUUGACAAAUUUAAUAGAAUUUAUGUCUCUAAGGUCUCAACGUCAAAAAUUAUCAAUCGAAUUCAAAAUCAUCAUGAUCAUCAUAAUUCGAAUCAAAGCCAACACCAAUUUAAAAUGAUUUUUAUUAACCGUUCUUCUGAAUAUCAAUGCAUUUGCUCAGCUUCCAACCAAUUUUUUUGUUUCUAUGUUCUUCUUUUUUAUUCUUGUAAUGAUUACCCUGGGUGCCAGAGUCUCAGAAAUAUAGUUCGAAUCUUGUCUGAGAAAACUAUCGCUACUGGAUCGAUCUACAAAACCCCAUCAUCUUCUUAAGGACCGCGCACCAGUCUAAAAGUGGAGGGGCUGAAAAAGGUGUAUCAAAAAAUUGUUGAGGCCAUGCCCUCCAGAACGCCGGAAAACGCCCCUUUUAGAAAAUUCUUGCUUAUUUCUACUCAAUGAACAGUCUGGUUCAGAGAAGAUAUCAAUAACUAUAAAAAUAGAUAGAAUUUACUCGAGGGUAAUAAAAAAUCAAGCUGACCAGGUUAAAAAAUACAUCAUAUCAUUAAACAAGAUGAAACACCUAGAAAAUGAACAAAAAUGGUUUCCAGUCAAUGAUAACUGCUACUUCAUAGGAGUAAACUAUCCAAAGUUGCAUAAGAGUAAACCUUCCCAAAAAAUUUGUAGCCUAUUAUUGCAAAAAAGUGGGGGGGGGGGAUUAUAGCCCCUGCUAGCCCAAUGGCUGCGCGGUGCCUAUCUUCUUUCAGGGAUCUGGUACCCAUGGAUAUGACCAACUUAGUAAGGUAUCUGGUAAUGACAACAUUGUCUUUAUUGUUUGUUGAUUUGUUUCUGUUUAUUUUAUAUAUGAUUUAUAAUUUAUGUUAUUGUGUUUCA